UUCAUCUGCCUUAUUUGGAAGAUAGAAGUCGUAUCACUGAUUGUGCGCUCCUUAAUGGCGGGCACUGAAUGUUAUUUGUGUUAGACACCGUGUCCUGUCCCAGAUUCAGAACAAGGACAGUGUAGGUACUCUGCGCCUAGUUAAGUUGUUUUGAUUCACAAAAUCUUUGAACAUCUGUUGAGAGCUUUUGAUCUCCACUCCCAGCUUUCUAGACCCUUAUACUCCACCUCGUCCCUUAUCCUACCAAAUGCUCAGGAUUAUAUUCAGGAUCUUGGAAGCACUGCCAGUAUGUCUGAUGUUCAAGAGUCCACUAACCCACUCCUGGAUGUGAAUCUUCUUGAGAACCAGAGCUCUACACAAGUGACCGAAAGUGGCCCCAAAAGUGAGUCCGAGCAUCUCCGAGUCACUGUUGGAGCCACUGUGCCUACUGGUUUUGAGCAAACAGCUGCAGAUGAAGUGAGAGAGAAAUUGGGAUCAUCAUGCAAAAUCAGCAAAGACCGGGGCAAGAUAUAUUUUGACAUUUCAGUGGAAAGUCUGGCUCAGGUUCAUUGUCUGAGAUCAGUUGAUAACUUAUUUGUGGUUGUUCAAGAAUUUAAGGAUUACCAGUUCAAAGAAACAAAGGAAGAAGUUCUAAAGGAUUUUGAGGAAUUGGCUGGGAAGCUUCCAUGGUCAGACCCUUUAAAAAUAUGGAAAAUUAACACCCGUUUCAAGAAAAGAAAAACAAAGCGCAAAAAGAUAAGUCAGAAUACAAGUAAAGAGAAGAUUGAUAAUGGUCAAGGAGACAAAACAGAUGAGAAGGAUGUUAAAAAAGAGAUCACUAACAAUGUCUUAGAUUCACAGAUCUUAGACUAUUAUGAAAAUCUAGCCAUCAAAGAAGAGAUAUCAACAUUAGUAGGUGAUGACUUGGUGUCUUGCAAAGAUGAGACUGAUGAAAGCUCAAAAGAAGAAACUGAUCCUGAGGUGCUAAAGUUUAGAGUCACAUGCAACAGGGCAGGAGAGAAACACUGUUUUUCCUCAAAUGAGGUGGCAAGAGAUUUUGGGGGUGCCGUUCAAGAUUAUUUUAAGUGGAAGGCUGACAUGACCAACUUUGAUGUGGAGGUUCUUCUGAAUAUCCAUGAUAAUGAAGUUGUUGUUGGCAUUGCGCUGACAGAAGAGAGUCUCCACCGAAGAAAUAUCACUCAUUUUGGACCCACAACUCUUAGAUCUACUCUCGCCUAUGGGAUGCUCAGGCUCUGUGCUCCUCAGCCUACUGAUAUAAUAAUUGAUCCAAUGUGUGGAACAGGGGCAAUACCAAUUGAGGGGGCUACAGAAUGGUCUAACUGUUACCAUAUUGCUGGUGAUAAUAAUCCAUUGGCUGUGAAUAGAGCAGCAAAUAAUAUUUCAUCCUUAUUGACCAAGAGUCAAGUUAAAGAAGGCAAAUUGUCCUGGGGCUUGCCCAUAGAUACUGUUCAAUGGGAUAUCUGCAACCUACCAUUAAGAACUGGUUCUGUGGACAUUAUUGUAACAGACAUGCCAUUUGGAAAAAGGAUGGGUUCCAAGAAGAGAAACUGGGACCUUUAUCCAGCUUGCCUACAGGAGAUGAGCCGUGUCUGUAGACCAGGGACAGGCCGAGCUGUACUACUGACGCAGGACAAGAAGUGCUUUACUAAGGCAUUAUCCACAAUGGGACAUGUAUGGCGGAAGGUGCAUACUGUCUGGGUGAACAUAGGGGGACUUCAUGCUGCAGUUUAUCUUCUGAAACGUACACCUCAAACUUUUGUUCAUCCUUCAGAACAAGAUGGAGGAAGAUCUCCUUGGUAAUGCAAAGAAUGAAGUUUUUAUGCUUCCUGACACUAGAAAUGUCCACAUGAAGAACUUAUUUUGAGGGAAAAAUAGUAUUAAUAAAGGUGUACUUGGGAAAAGCUCUUCACCCAAUUAGCAAAAGGUGAAUGGCAUGGAAUGUCUUAUGAGAAAGCACAACUUUGCUGUGGAACUGUUUUGAAGGAGUAGUUGGGCAAUAAGUACUUUUCUUAAAAUGCUUUAAUGCUAAGCCUACUAAAAUGCUCUGGUACUUGGAUUUAGAACAUUUUAUUUUCAGGCUUUAUAGCACUGUAGCAGGUGGAAAGCUACCCUAGCCUAAUUGAAAGGCAGAGUUUAAUCAGAGGAUGAGGUUACAUUUCAUUGCCCAUACAGCUUUGAUAUUUAGUUGGUCAGGUUCUUUACCUGACCUUUAAAAAAUGAAGCACUGUAAAACAGUGUUUGCCCCACAACAAGAGCAAAUCUCCUAAGAUCUAUGGGAAAGUUUACCAUCUGCCUUAAAAAUCAUAAUAUGUACCUGUUAUUCAGAUUAAUACAUAGAACAUUAUAGACAUUUCUAUUUGUAAAUAGAAGCAAAGAGCCUUGUAGAUAAAGUAUGCGACCAACAAGCCAUAUUUAAAGAAAUUUUAUUUUUCAUUCAGUACAGAAAGGUGGUGAUGUUUGGGCUUCUUUACUAGAGAACUGACGUCUUUGAAUUAAAAACUUCAUGUAAA